AUGGCGGGGUGGGGGUCCUCCAGGGUGGCGGCGGCGUGCGCGCCCUGGGGCGCGGGCGCGGCGAUGGAGCGGGAGCUGUCGCGGGACGGCAGCCACUACAGCAUCUCCAGCGGCAUCCUGCCGUCGCUCGGCGCGCGGAGCAACCGCCGCGUCAAGCUCAGGCCCUUCAUCGUCUCGCCCUACGACCGCCGAUACAGAUCCUGGGAGACUUUUCUCAUAAUUCUCGUUGUCUACUCUGCAUGGGUUUCCCCAUUUGAGUUUGGCUUCAUUCGGAAUCCAACUGGAGGCCUAGCUAUAGUGGACAAUGUUGUGAAUGCGUUCUUCGCAGUGGACAUCAUUCUUACCUUCUUUGUAGCUUACUUGGAUAGAAUGACAUACUUGCUUGAAGAUGAUCCAAAGAGGAUAGCUUGGCGGUAUACUACUAGUUGGUUUGUUCUUGAUCUCGCCUCCACCAUCCCAACAGAAUUUGCUCGGAAGAUACUACCUCGGAACCUCAGGUCGUAUGGAUUUUUCAACAUGCUUCGUCUAUGGCGUCUCCGUAGGGUCAGCUCUCUCUUUGCUAGAUUGGAGAAGGAUAGACACUUCAAUUACUUCUGGGUUCGAUGUGCAAAGCUCAUAUGUGUCACACUUUUUGCAGUCCACUGUUCGGCAUGCUUCUACUAUCUUCUUGCUGAUAGGUAUCCUGACCCAAGUGAUACGUGGAUUGGCAAUUCGAUGCCGGAUUUUCAUCAACGUAGCUUGUGGAUUCGCUACGUUACAUCAAUGUAUUGGUCAAUCACUACUCUCACCACCGUAGGUUAUGGUGAUUUGCAUGCGGAGAACACAAGGGAAAUGAUAUUCAACAUUUUCUACAUGCUAUUCAACCUUGGAUUGACUGCCUAUUUGAUUGGAAACAUGACCAAUCUGGUCGUCCAUGGCACCAGCCGUACUCGAAAAUAUAGAGAUACAAUUCAAGCAGCAACAAGCUUUGCACUAAGGAAUCAGCUACCGCCCCGACUACAAGAUCAGAUGAUCUCACAUCUUAGCUUGAAGUUCAGAACAGAUUCAGAAGGCCUUCAACAACAAGAGACCCUUGAUGCGCUGCCUAAGGCUAUCAGAUCCAGCAUCUCUCAAUAUCUGUUUUUUAAUCUUGUCCAAAAGGUUUACUUGUUUGAAGGGGUGUCAAACGACCUUAUUUUUCAACUGGUUUCUGAGAUGAAAGCUGAAUAUUUUCCACCUAGGGAAGAUGUGAUUCUGCAGAAUGAAGCACCCACUGACUUCUACAUUCUGGUUUCUGGUAGUGCGGAGUUAAUAGAGUCACAAAAUGGUGCAGAACAGGUGGCUGGAGUGGCUAAGUCAGGAGAUGUCGUUGGAGAAAUUGGGCUUCUUUGCUACAGGCCUCAACUAUUCACAGUUCGAACAAAAUCCUUAUGCCAGCUUCUCCGUAUGAAUCGCACUGCCUUUCUCAGCAUUGUGCAAUCCAAUGUUGGAGAUGGAACAGUAAUAAUGAACAACCUUAUUCAGUUACUAAAACAGCAGAAAGACAGCAGUGUAAUGGUGGGUGUUCUGAAGGAGAUUGAGAACAUGCUAGCACGGGGUCAUUUGGAUUUGCCAAUCACCCUCUGCUUUGCAGUAACAAGAGAGGAUGACCUUUUGUUGCAUCAACUUCUCAAGCGUGGUUUAGAUCCAAAUGAAUCAGAUAAUAAUGGGCUCACUGCACUGCAUAUAGCUGCUUCCAAAGGAAAUGAGCAAUGUGUCAGGCUUCUUCUAGACUAUGGAGCUGAUCCAAAUGCUAGGGACUAUGAAGGAAAAGUGCCGCUAUGGGAGGCUUUGUGUGAAAAGCAUGAUGCAGUAGUAGAGUUGCUAGUUGAGAGUGGUGCAGAUCUAGCUUCUGGAGACACGGCCUUGUAUGCUUGUGUCGCUGUCGAGGACAAUAACACUGAGCUGCUUAAGGACAUUAUCCGUUAUGGUGGCGACAUAAACAGAUCGACGAGAGAUGGAACCACUCCACUGCACCGUGCUGUCUGCGAUGGAAAUGUUCAGAUGGUUGAGCUUUUGCUGGAACACGGAGCUGAUAUUGAUAAGCAGGACAACAAUGGCUGGAGUCCAAGAGAUCUAGCUGAACAACAAGGCCACGACGACAUACAGGUCCUGUUUAAGAGUAAAUCACGGGUAGCACCAAGUCGUCGUGUCUCGAAUAGCAGGGUGGCACCUAUGCUCAUAGGGAGGUUCAACAGUGAGCCUUCGAUACUAAACAUGGACCAUGAAAAUGCCGAAGUACGCAGAAAAGUUGUUCCACAGAAGCUCCUCAGAAAGAGGGUCAGUUUCCAGAACUCCCUUUUCGGUGUCAUUUCUUCAUCCCACGCCCACCAGGACACUGGUCGUCUGCUGUCGAGAGACCUUGCAGCAACAGGUAGUCCUAGCAGUUGCCGUCACGAGUCCCUCAUCAGGGUGACAAUUAGCUGCCCCGAGAAGGGGAACACUGCCGGGAAGCUCGUGCUCCUACCACGUUCGAUGAAGGAGCUCCUCGAACUAGGGGCAAAGAAGUUCGGCUUCAUGCCUAGCAAGGUCCUGACGAUUGAGGGUGCUGAGAUUGAUGAGGUGGAGCUUAUCAGAGACGGUGAUCAUAUUGUUCUCGUCAGUGAUGACUGGGUGCCAAACGUUGCGCAAAUAAGACCUGACAAGAAGUGAGCGAGCUGUGCUCUACUUGGAAUUUCACAGUAGAGGAAAAUAUGCCCUUGUUUCACAAGCUGGGCGAUUGGGAAGUAAUGAUUAAAGGCAUCAAUGAAGUUCUUCCAACUGAAGAACUGGCGAGGAUGUGGCGGUAUGCCCACCUUGUAAAUUGAAGUAUAACCAUGAUAGUUUUGGUCCAGCUUGGAAAAGAAAUUGUAGUCAGCUGGUCCGGUAGUCUCUAGUUCUCUCAUUUCAAGAGUAGGGGUCCAGAAAAUGUAAGUAGUGUUGACCUGUUUCAGAUUAUUGUUCAGUUUUACAUGAUUCCUUUUUUUUCUUUUGUCCUUGAGAUCAAGCUUUCCCUGAAACCGACAAAUAUGCGUGAGUUGUGAAUUUAUGAGAUACUCUGACAAUCAAAA